AUGCCUCAAUCAAUCCCGUCGCCAGGCAUGCCAUUUAUCGUGUCCGCGGGGACGACGAAGAAAAAUGAUCCACAGACACGCAAGCUCAUACGGAGCCAUGUGAUGUUAGGCAAGAAUUUGGGGAAGUCUCGCCGGGCCAGACCGAAAGAUACCCUGCCCUGGGAGGCGGAACCGGCGUGGGAGUCCUCAAAUGGCGGCAAAGUACCAAUACAACACUCAUCCUCGAUUAUCCCAAAGAAGGUUGGGUCCGAGUGGUCAUUCACCCAGCUGGCAGACGAGAUCGAGCCGUCCGCAAUCGCCGAUAUUCUGACUUAUGCUUCUCUCGCAAGGCAAGCCACUGUUCCAUUGGCGCCAUGCAUUGCCUUCAUCAAAAGAGAGAGGGUGCUGGUCGGCCCCAUGGCGUCCGAUGCAGCCUUCCUUCACGCCACUGCGUUGGGAACUCAUGCAUACGUUGAACUAAUGCGAGGUCGUGAAGAUCAUAAAGCUCCCCAUGGCACAUCUCCACAUUUCUCAAAGGCACUUCAGCUGCUACGCGAGCGACUAGACUCGACAGAUGAAGACCUGAAAAUUGCCCUUCCCACUAUGAUGGUGGUUAUUGCCCUCGCACUUCACGCUCGUAUGAUUGGAGACUAUGACACCGCAAAGCGUCACAUGGAAGGCCUUUGCAUGAUGAUCAAUCUCAGAGGAGGGAUUAAGACCAUUUUGCUUAAGACGAGACUCGCCAUCGAGAUCUUUAGAUGCGACAUUGGACUGGCAAUCGAAACCGGCCUCACGCCUACAUUCUUCUCGGCUUGCUCUUCUGGUGAGCCCUAUAGGCCAUUUCCACACCUAUUGUCGGUAUCCGUUCCAGAGUCGACCGACGCAACAACUUGCAGGCUUUACCCUGAGAAAUUCCUCAAUGUGAUCGACAAAGAUCUGGCCACUGUCUGGAGAGCUCUGAAGGGAUUUUGUCUCCAGAUCAACCGCGCCGCCAGGACUAAACGAAAGCUCUCGGAAGAAUUUCUGCUCGAAGCAACUGCCUCAGUUAUGUAUCGCCUUCUCCACAUGAGCUUUGCAACUGGUUCGCUUGACGCAGCUAUCCGGCUCGGUCUAUUGGCUUUCUCCUCACAAGUCUUCUUACAGCUGCCAGAUUUCAGGGUACGCAGGACAACAUUGUCCUCUGCCUACCAACAAGCUCUUGCUGGCCUUGACACCUUGGAAGACAAAUGGCCGCCGCUGUUACUUUGGCUUCUUGUAGUUGGCCGUAUUACAGUGCUCGAAGACACUAGUGAUAUUUGGCUGAAUCCUUGGCUGAAAUCAACCAUCAAACGAUGUGGAAUUGAUUCAUGGAGUGGAUUUCGUGACAUGAUGGACUCGGUCAUGUGGAUUGGCCUGGUGUUUGAUAAACCUGCUGAGGACAUCUUCUCCGCGGCGACGUCUUCCUCAGACGGGCGAAGUACGGGGAGUUGA